CGCCGCGGGGCAGGGGGUGCCGCAGCCGGGCGCAGCUCCGAGACCCCCGUCCGGGAGGGGCGCCGCGCCUGUCCCCCGCCUCCCUCCCCAUCGCCACCCCCAGGAGCCCCCCUCUCUCCUCGCCCACCUCCGCCGGGAGCGAGCGCCGCGGCUGUGCGGAAAAGCCAUGGGAGGCGAGACCUCGGCACCUGUUCAGCUGAAAUCAAGGGCUUACAGUAUACUGGGCAGUCUGGCUUGGUGGUAGGAGCGAGCGAAAGGAAGGAGAAGCGAGCGAGAAAAAGUGAGAGAGGAUUGGAGCGACUGCCGCUGCCGGGAAAAAAAAAAUAAAAACCCAAGGAAGAUAACUGGGAAGGAAAAGGAUUUUCAUGGCGCAGGCUGCAGAGCUAAGCAAGAAGACUGAAGGUUGCAUCUCUGCUCUUACAGUCUCUAACUGUCUAGGUCCAGAUAAUGAGAGAUUGUGUUGAGGAUGCUGCUGCUGCUCCCCUGUUCACUGUGGAAGCCAUCUCCAAAUUAGCCAUUACAUAUGGAAACUGGAGACCAGAAUUUUAGAAAAAGGGAUUAAGGCGUCUCGUUUUGGGGGGGGUUCUCUCUUUAUUUGUUUCUUUAUUUUUUCUUGGUUCUUUUCUCUCUCUUUUUUUUUUUUCUUUUUCCUUUUUCCUUUUUUUUAUAUUUCAACCAGAACGUUUCCGAUUUAAAAGGCAAGCCUCUUCCCGUGUGGUCUUUCUAAUUUACACUCUUUUCCGUGGGCUUUCUUACCUCCCUUUUUUGAUAUCUCUCUCUAUAUAUAUACCCAUUAUAUUAUUAGUCGGAAUUAUUAUUCUUUUAUUUUAUUAAACACACACACCCCAAGAAUCAGAAGGCGGUUGGGUAUUUGUAUAAUGAAGAAUUAUGGGGCUCUUUGACAGAGGUGUUCAGAUGCUUUUAACCACCGUUGGUGCUUUCGCUGCCUUCAGCCUGAUGACCAUAGCUGUGGGGACCGACUACUGGCUUUACUCCAGAGGGGUUUGCAAGACUAAAACUGUCAGUGAGAACGAAACCAGCAAAAAGAACGAGGAAGUCAUGACCCAUUCUGGAUUAUGGAGAACCUGCUGCCUGGAAGGGAAUUUUAAAGGUCUGUGUAAGCAAAUCGAUCACUUCCCUGAGGAUGCAGAUUAUGAAGCCGAUACAGCAGAAUAUUUCCUCCGGGCUGUUAGAGCCUCUAGUAUUUUUCCGAUCCUGAGUGUGAUUCUGCUUUUCAUGGGUGGACUCUGCAUUGCAGCCAGCGAGUUCUACAAAACCCGACACAACAUCAUCCUUAGUGCCGGCAUCUUCUUCGUGUCUGCAGGUCUGAGUAAUAUAAUUGGCAUCAUCGUAUACAUAUCAGCCAACGCUGGAGACCCCUCGAAGAGCGACUCCAAGAAGAACAGCUACUCCUACGGCUGGUCCUUCUACUUUGGGGCCCUGUCCUUCAUUAUAGCUGAGAUGGUGGGAGUGCUGGCCGUCCACAUGUUCAUAGACCGGCACAAACAGCUGCGCGCCAACGCUCGCGCCACGGACUACCUCCAGUCCUCCGCCAUCACCCGCAUCCCCAGCUACCGGUACCGCUACCAGAGACGCAGCCGCUCCAGCUCCCGCUCCACUGAGCCUUCACACUCCAGGGAUGCCUCUCCCGUCGGGAUCAAAGGGUUCAACACCCUCCCAUCAACAGAGAUCUCGAUGUACACCCUGAGCAGGGACCCGCUGAAGGCCACCACCACCCCCACCGCUACCUACAACUCCGACAGGGAUAACAGCUUCCUCCAGGUUCACAACUGUAUCCAGAAGGAGAACAAGGACUCUAUCCACACCAACACAGCCAACCGCCGGACCACCCCGGUAUGAAGCCGUCGCCAGGAGCUGGAAGCGGGGCAGGAGGAGGCAGGAGGAUGGCGGGUGGGACGGGGGGCGGGUGGGGGGCGAGGGCAGGGGGCGGCGGGGUGGGGAGGAGGAGGAGGCGCGAGCGCCCCUGGGGUGGGGCCCUUCCAAUCGCAAAAAAAAUAUAUAUAUAAAAGUUUAAAAAAAAAUAAAAAAAAAAACACACGCGGAAACAAAAAAAAUAAAAAGAACGGCCGAUGAGCAAACAGAUAAGCAGACAAACAAGCACGCGAACAAAACAAAAAACAAACAAAGAAACAAGCGAGCAAACAAAAA